GUCACUUCCUUUGAAAGGAAAGCAGACACCUCUGAGAACUAAAGAGAUCUCUGUGGGCGAUAUGGACUCGUGCCAUUAUUUAAUGUACAGAUUUGUGUUGUGUAUUAUUUAACAGAGAUAUUGUAAUGUGUUAUUAUGAGGUUUCGCGCCACGACAGUUAACAUAUAAGAUCUCAUUGGAUACAGUGAGUACCAAACGCUGCUGACUGAGUAACCGGGAACGGGCAAAUUUAAAACUUUUUUCUCCUUCCUCCUUUACUUUCGGGACCAUCCCAACUUCGCUCUCGUUUUUUCUUCUCUCUCUCUGCUUCUCUUUGUGUUUUCAAAGUACUCGGAGUAAGACCUCUCAAAAAACAACAACAUUAACAUUAAGAUCGAUUGACUUUGCGGUGCGUUUUUACGCAUGAACUUUAGAUGAGCGCGCACGGAGAUCUCGCACGUUCGCCGACUUGGGAUGUUUUUACGCGUUCGCUUUUCGUCGUGAUUCUGGACUUUCUGCCCGUUUAUUGAGCUGUUGCAGGGAAAGACAUGAGCUCUGGAUAUGGGUCUGUGUUUGGGAACCGACCUGACAGAGGAGGACAAGAAGGCGAAGAUCCACAGCUCACAGAUAGACCGAGAUCUGUACGAGUACGCGAAGAGAGAGAUGAAUGUGGUGAAGAUCCUCAUGCUGGGAGCGGCAGAAAGCGGAAAGAGCACGCUGGUCAAACAAAUGAAGAUAAUCCACAGCCAUGGGUUUACCAAGCAGGAGCUGGCCAGCUUUAAGCCUGCAGUAUUGGAUAACCUCAUGACCUCCAUGAAGUUUGUCCUGCAUGGGAUGGGCGUCCUUCGAAUCAAUCUCGCCAAUAAUAAAAACAAGGUCCACGCUCACUCGAUUCUCUCAUGUGGCCGCUGCUUUGAUGAAGAUCAGGUGCUGUUUCCGUUCGUAGGCCACGCCCUCUGUUGCUUGUGGUCGGAUCAGGGGGUGCGGUCUGCGGCGGCGCGCGGAUACGAGUACGAGCUUAAUGACUCAGCGCUGUAUUUUUUCGAGAACAUGGGUCGAAUCAUCGCCCCCGACUACAUGCCCACAGAAACAGACGUCUUGAGGGUCCGACUGAGGACCACAGGUGUGAUCGAAACGCAGUUCAAAGUCAAACACCUGAUUUUCAGAAUGUAUGAUGUUGGAGGACAGAGAACCGAGAGGAGGAAGUGGAUCAGUUGUUUUGAAGACGUGCGGGCUGUGCUGUUCGUGGUGUCACUGAGCGGGUACGACAUGACUUUAGUAGAAGAUCCGUCCAUGAAUCGACUGCAGGAGAGCCUCAAGCUGUUCUUGUCAAUCUGCAAUAACGUCUUCUUCAGAAGUACCUCGAUGAUCUUAUUCAUGAACAAGAUUGAUCUUUUCCAAGAGAAGAUUCUUCACUCCGGGCGACAUUUACGACAUUUCCUGCCCCAGUUCAAAGGAGCAGACUGUGAUGUGGAUGCGGCCGCCCGCUUCAUCGCCGCCAUGUUUAUAUCCCUCAACGCCACUCCCAACAAGCUCAUCUACCAUCACUUCACCACGGCGACCGACACCUCUAACGUACAGGUCGUCUUCCAGGUCGUCAUGGAUACCAUCAUCAAGGAAAACCUGGAAGCCGUGUCACUGCUUUGAGUACCACCGACAUUGAGAUUUAUGGACUGUGUGGUCAUUUGAAUGAACGAUAUUUAUUAUAUGCAAUGCUCUAAACUGAAUCUGCAUUUAUCAGAACGGAGCACUUACGCACAUUUUAUUUUGUAUUUUGCAUAAAGCUAUGACUUCUACGAAUUCUUUCAGGGGUGGUUCAUCGUUUCUAACCAAUGACAAACUUUAUUAUAAUGUUUAGUCAUUAACCCACCCGAACUGCACAUUACACUUUGGGGAGUGUGUGUAAUGCUGGUUUAUAUGCAACAUUUGAAAGCCGUGUACACCUGCUUGAUUUUCUUUAGGACCUGCUUGCUCAGCCAUGCAUCCCAUAAUUCUUCACUUGAUAAAUAGCAUCCCCCUUUUCCUGUGUAUUUUACUAUGGUUAAUCAUCACUUAAGAAAGUACAUUUACCCUUCUUCUUCAAGUCUUCAGUUCUGGUUUAUUAUGAUUUCUUAUGCUGUUAUUCAUACCUGGACCUCGUAAUGUUUGUGGAUUUAUGUUUGUGUGAUUUGUGUCUUGCUCUUUUGUAGCUGUUUAGUAGCAUUUGUGCUGGUUUGAUCCUGAAUGUCUUUGUCAUGCCAAGUGAGACAAUUUAUAUAUACAGCACAUUCUGUAUGAAGAAAAUAUAUUCGAUUUUUGUUGCCAAAA